AUGUACUUAUUCUCUGUCAUUCGUCAAAAAUCAUCAGUCUUGAAAAGGAUGUGGAAGUUUUUGGGCUACUCGUUGCUCGUUCUCGCUUUAGGAAUUCAAACUAUUCGACUUUUUAAGAAACUUAAACUUGAGCCUGAAUUAUUCUCAAAGGAAAGUUCAAUACAAAGCAGUCAAAUUCCAUUUCCAGGUGUUACUGUAUGUCCACCAUUUGUGAUUGAUAAGAAGGCAUUGGAACCUGAUUUUUUGAGGUUAAAUAAUCUUACUGAAUAUCAUUUAAAGUCAGUUCUGGUUCAAACAUGUCCAGAUAUCAUGAAAUAUGACCAAAAUGGUGGCAUUAAUGUUGACUUAGUGGAUGUGCUGCAAAAAGUGUCACAAAACAUAACAGAAUCGAUGAUGCGAUGCGGAAUUAAUGAUUUUCAUCAAGAUUUUGACGAUUGUGAAAGAUUUUUCCAUAAUUCACUUACAGAUGAUGGCUUGUGCUUUACAUUUAAUAUGCUUGGAUAUCAUUCAAUGUUUAAAGAUGGACUUAGUUCUGAUUUUGACAUUUUUAAGCGCACGCGAGUGACAAAGACAUGGGAACCGAACAUAUCAAUGAAUCAUGAGCAUCAUGACGAUGUCAAUGAUCCAGAACCAACAAGAUGGACUUUAGAGACUGGAUAUUUAAGUAAUGACAGUCUUAUACAACCAGCUAGGGCUGUAAAGAUGCAAACACUAGAAAUAGUCACGAAUCUUGUUAAAAAUCAAAAAUUGUGUGCAAAUUGGGAACAAAGUUAUCGAGUUGUGCUGCAUUUACCGAAUGAGCUGCCACAACUUACAUAUCAGAUGAUUAGUGUUCCUUUAGGCAAGGAAAAGAGAAUUUUGGUAUCGGCGAGGAUGGUCAAGUUUGAGAAGUCAUUAAGGAAGUUCCCAGCUAACAAGCGUGGUUGCUACUAUGAAGAUGAAAAGCCAUUAAAGAUUUUUAAGUCAUACACAAAAGUCAAUUGUGAAUAUGAAUGCAUGAUCAGCUUUAUAUACUCGACUUGUGGUUGUGUAAAGUUCUCAAUGCCGAGGACCAAAGACAUGAAAGUUUGUGGAUUUAUGGAAUCAAAGUGUUCUGGUUUUAUUGCUGCAAGAUGGCCAAGGAGUUAUUAUAGAAACGAGACAAACAAGCGAAAGUUUCCCGAGUAUCCAUGCGGAUGUAUUCCAUCAUGUACAGAAAUUAAGUAUAGAGUCGUUAAGGAAGUCGAGACAAAUACAGUUUUUAGCCACUUGCAGUUCCACUCAAACAUAAAAGUCAUUUUUGUUAAUUCACAAAUUGAAAAGAUCUCAAAUUACGUCACUUACAGGCUUGAAAACUUCAUUUUGGAUGUUGGAGGAUUGAUUGGAAUCUGUUUGGGUUCCUCACUGCUGUCCUUGCCUCAGUAUUUGCUAAAUGCUUGUUACAAUAUUGUGACUUACAUUAAGAAAGCUUUUAGGAUGUGUAAAAUGAGAAAUAAGAAGAAUGAACAAGUUCAUCCACAAAGUAGACUUGAUGCUGUAGUUGAGAUUCAGUUCGAUGAGGUUACAAGUAUCGAUGGAUCGGAAUCGAACCAACAACAGACAAUAUUCAGCAUUUCAAAUGGACAAACAUCACUAUUGGAACCUGUUCAUGGUCUAAGAGAGGAAAUUUGGAUUGAAGAGAUGUAA